GAAGGCAGCACGCCGUUAGGUCAGCUGACUAUGAGCUGUCAUGUGGUAUUCAUAGACGGCAGAGAAUAUGCGGAAGGUGCAUGAAUAAACAACUGGGCUCUCUUUAAAGAGAGCACACAGCUCGGUGGUUGUUGUGUUACAGGUUCGUUUCCAUCCUCCAACAUGGCUUGGACAAAAUAUCAACUGUUCCUGGCGGGGCUGAUGCUCACAACUGGCUCCAUCAACACCUUAUCCGCAAAAUGGGCUGACAUGUUCUCAGCAAAGGGUUGCCAUGGUAACCCUGAACACGCCUUUUCCCAUCCAUUUGUGCAGGCUGUGGGAAUGUUUCUGGGCGAGUUCAGCUGUCUCGCCGUCUUCUACAUCUUGCUGUUUCAUGACAGACGCAGCCCAGAGCCAAGAAUGAACAUCGGCCGGAGCUUCAACCCUCUACUCUUCUUCCCUCCUGCAAUGUGUGACAUGACAGCCACGUCCAUCAUGUAUGUUGCUCUCAACAUGACCAGCGCCUCCAGUUUCCAGAUGCUUCGCGGAGCCGUCAUCAUCUUCACCGGUCUCCUGUCUGUAGCUUUUCUGGGUCGUCGGCUCGCACCCAGUCAGUGGCUCGGCAUCUCCAUCACCAUCCUCGGCCUGGUGGUAGUGGGACUCGCCGACUUUGUUAGUGGCCACAGAGAUGACUCCCACAAGCUCAGUGAUGUCAUCACAGGUGAUCUCCUGAUCAUCAUGGCUCAGAUCAUCGUUUCGGUCCAGAUGGUGCUGGAGGAAAAGUUUGUCUACAAGCAUGAUGUGCAUCCUCUUCGAGCCGUUGGAACUGAAGGUUUGUUUGGGUUUGUCGUCCUUUCCCUGCUGCUCAUCCCCAUGUACUUCAUCCACGUCGGGGACUUCAGCGACAAUCCUCGGCAAGUCUUGGAGGACGCGCUGGACGCCUUCUGUCAGAUUGGAUACAAGCCCCUCAUCCUUUUGGCUCUCCUGGGCAACACGGUCAGCAUCGCCUUCUUCAACUUCGCCGGGAUCAGCGUCACCAAGGAGAUCAGCGCCACCACCCGGAUGGUGCUGGACAGCCUGCGUACGCUGGUCAUCUGGGUGGUGAGCCUGGCGCUGGGCUGGGAGCAGUUUCAAGGCCUGCAGGUUCUGGGAUUUUUGGUCCUGCUGACAGGCACCGCGCUCUACAACGGACUGCACCGCCCCCUGCUGGCCAGGAUACCAUGGUGCGCCGCCAGGAUGAACCUGGACGAUGAAAGCAGCGAUGCGGAACGAGAGAGACUGCUGAAUGAUGGAAGGGUGCUGGCCAGUGAAGACUCAUAAACUGAGCUGAAACACUCAGCAAAAACAUUUCCACAGAAACUGCAGCUCUUAUAAAUGCUGUCAGGCAUUUUUACGCAUUUUCUGUUCAUGCCUCAGGUUUUUACUGAUCUCAUAAAAUGCUGUAGUAUGAAACUAUUUUUAAAAGUAGUACUUUAACAUUUUGCGAGGGAAAAAACUUUCUUUUCUUGCAGAGAGCUUAAUAAGUCGACUGACAACACUUUCUUAAAGGCGAAUCUAUUAGACUUCAUACAUUCAUUCAGGAAGAAAAAGAACAAAGUCACUUAUCGGUCCUCCUGCUGUGAAUAAUUUGUACAAUCCCCUUUUGUCUGUAGAAUAGCACUUACUUUUCUUCUAUAGCAUUUCACACAAUAUAAUAUAACAUUAUAACAAGUUUUCUACAGGAUUUAAGUUUGAGAGGGCAAAAAGGGUUAAUUUUGUGUACAAAAUGGAAGUGGAAGUUAUACCAGAUAAAAGUGUUUAGAAAUCCUGAUUCACAUAAAAUGUAAAGACAGAGAAAUUUUAACUGACUUUAACAGGAUUUUAAAAGCGUCUUGUUCUUUUGGUGAGAAGUUAGGAAGAUUUACAGACAUGGAUUUGGGUAUUGUGUUUCUUAUACUACCAGUUUCUUUGUUGCGUUUAUUUUUCUUUGUAACUGGAAGAAGGCUUCCAGGUUUGAGGUCAAAUUUAUUCCCCACACUUGAAAGUGAAGUCAAUGCUGACAUUAAUUAUUCUGCAGGGUGAAUAAUUUGUUCUUGUCCCAAAAUGUCAGACAUUUACAAGCUAGAAAUGGAAGAAGCUGAAAAGCUUGAACAUCACAACAUUUUAAAGGGAGUGUUUCUGUGUAAGAGGAACUUUUAGUUUCUUGGACAUUCUUAAAGAAGCCAAAAAAAAUGUUUUAUGUAGUUUUUUAUAAUUAUUUUUGCUCUUUCAGUUUUAGAAAAGAAGCUCGAGAAUUUAGUUUGUUGGUAUUUGGAGCAAAAAUCCUAGAGAGCACAUUUGCCCACAUGACUUCUUUUUAUGCAUUUUUAAAUUUUGUUUUAAGUCAGACAGUUGUCUCAUCAUGUGUCAAGUCUGAAAUAAGUAAAUUUCAUUUGUUGUGCCAAGUUUUCUGCUCGUAGAUGGGCAGUCAUGUUUCCUUCUAGAUAGCACUACAGGUAUUUUAGAAAAGUAUUGCCAAUAUUUUUAAAAUCCCAGUUGGGAUCAUUCCUAAAAUUAACAACGUAGAUAUGAUUGAAAACUCUGACAUGCUUUUUUUUUCAGAGCUUCAAGAGUGUCCUGUUAUUGACUGUACAAUGAAGAUAAAAAAGGGAACUUUUAUAUAUUUACUCAAAUGUGAAUGUGUUAAAGUUUAAGAUUUUAUAGAAUAAAACAUACACAAAAAUCACACACUUACAUUUCACAAGUAAAGAUUUAGGACCUUUUAGUUUUUAAAUCAUUUUAAAUUGAAUGCAUUAUCAAUUUAGCUAUAAAGUAAGACUUUUGAAUAUGCUGGAUAAUAAUAAACAUGUAUCUUAAAAAGA